AUGGAGGCCUUCUCCUCAUUUGUGACGAGCGCUUCUGAGAUGGGGCUAAUCCGUGGGAUUCCUAUUCCUAAUGGAGGUCCGUCGGUAAGCCACCUAAUUUUUGCUGAUGAUGUGCUUAUUGCAGGUGAAUGGUUGCAAUCGAAUGCAAGAAAUAUAAGAAGGAUAAUGCACUAUUUCGCUCUUGUUUCCGGUCUCCGUCUAAACUAUCGGAAAUCGAGCUUAUAUGGAGUUGGUGUGGCGAUGGAAGAAACUGAAGGUAUGGCAGCUGAGAUUAGAUGCCAAGCUGGCGUCUUUCCUUUUGUGUAUCUUGGAAUCAAAGUUGGAGCAAACAUGAAUAAAUUUUCAAACUGGUCCCCGGUUAUCGACGCAUUUGAAGCGCGCCUCUCACAAUGGAAAGCUAACACUCUUUCAGUGGGUGGGAGAUUAACGCUUAUCAAAAGUGUAUUGGAUAACUUACCAACGUAUUACUUUUCACUAUUCAAAGCACCGAAAUCGGUAAUAGAUAGACUGGACCAGCUGAGACGCAACUUCUUUUGGAGAGGCACAAGUGAAAAAUCCAAAAUGGCAUGGGUGAAAUGGCAAACUGUGAUAUUGCCUUGGGAACACGGUGGACUUGGAUUGGGUUCUCUAAUGGACUUUAAUAGAAGUCUUCUGUCCAAAUGGUGUUGGAGAUUCAAAUCAGAACCUAACAGGCUAUGGAGGAGAGUGGUACAAGGUCUCCAUCACUCGAGCAGAAAGUGGGAGUUUUUACCUCUUAAAGCUGGAAGACUGGGUGUAUGGUGUAAUAUAAACAAGGAGGAAGAGAUGGCAAAGGCGAACGCGAUUGAGAAUUGCAGCGGACCGGGAGAAGAAGAGUGUUUGAUGAGAAGAACCCUUGCUGCUCAUCUUGAUUAUAUCUAUACCAAGAAGCAUCAACCAUGA